UUUGAUCCGCUCCAAUGCAAGGCAGUACAUGCCACACUCCCGCCCUUCCUGCUCUUGUGCGCACACCUACCCUGAUGAUGCAGCCUUCGCUGGAUAUCAAACCAUUUAUGUCUUUUCCAGUGGACAGUAGUUCUGCUGUGGGACUCUUUCCAAAUUUUAACACAAUGGAUCCUGUACAAAAAGCAGUCAUUAACCACACAUUUGGAGUUUCCAUUCCACCAAAGAAGAAACAAGUUAUUUCUUGUAAUGUCUGUCAGCUUCGCUUUAACUCAGAUGUGAGCUCCUUCGGGACCAUUUUUGCACACACGUCUCAUGCCCAGAUUUUCAAAGACAAAGGGAAACUAAAAGUCAACACUUCCAGUCAGCCGUCAAGCUCUGAAGGUGGCUCAUUUCUCCUCAAAUCUGGCACAACCCCCCUGCCACCUGGAGCAGACACUUCUCCCUCCAAGAGCACAAAUGGCGCUCCUGGUACUAUGUCGGAAUCAGAGGAAGAAAAGGCAAAAAAACUGCUUUAUUGUUCCCUAUGCAAAGUGGCUGUGAAUUCUCUGUCCCAGCUAGAGGCACACAACACAGGAUCUAAACACAAGACCAUGGUUGAAGCUCGUAAUGGGGCUGGUCCAAUUAAGUCCUAUCCUAGACCUGGAUCAAGAUUAAAGACGCAGAAUGGCAGUAAGGGGUCAGGACUACAGAACAAGACAUUUCAUUGUGAAAUCUGUGAUGUUCAUGUUAAUUCAGAAAUUCAACUCAAACAGCACAUUUCUAGCCGAAGGCAUAAGGAUCGCGUUGCAGGGAAACCACUGAAGCCGAAAUACAGCCCUUACAACAAACUCCAGCGGAGUCCAAGCAUUUUAGCAGCAAAACUUGCAUUCCAGAAAGAUGUGAUGAAGCCUUUGGCCCCCGCCUUCCUGUCCUCGCCCCUGGCGGCAGCGGCGGCAGUGUCCUCAGCACUGUCACUGCCGCCCCGGCCUUCUGCCUCGCUCUUCCAGGCUGCAGCCAUCCCUCCCGCUCUCCUGAGGCCCGGCCACGGGCCCAUCCGCGCCACUCCUGCCUCCAUCCUAUUUGCUCCCUACUAAUGUCUGCAAGCCCCAGCCGGCUGAGGCCAGUAGCAAAGUUGAGAGGAAAAGCCAAAAGGAUUGAGUGAGUCAAGCAUUUUGUGUCGCAGUGCCCCGCCCCCCUCCACCCCUUGCCUCCCAGCAGAGCCUGACUCCAAAGAACAACAAAUCGCUAGAUUCAAGAGUGCUUUUAGGGGCCCUCCUGUCAUUUAGGAAUCUGAACAGCACAGGCUUUAUCGCCCUAUGCCCUCCCCCUGCCCUGCCCCAUUCAAUUUGUGUAUCUGAGAUGUUUGGGUUCUUGCAAAUGUAUUGGUCAGAAAACAAUAUAUACAUAUAUCCUUCACUGACUAGUUUUCCAUGGGUGUGAUCUGGCUUAGAAACAAUACGGAAUAUUUUCCUGACAGACUUGAAACCUAGGGUCUUCCUCACACGUCUGUAAAUAACUCUGGAAUCCAACUGGGCACAUUCUAGUGUGGAACAAAAAUAGAUGAGCACAAGUGCUUCCUUGUGGAUACCAUCUUACCAACACAUCACAACGUUUUCUUUUUGGUGUACUAUUGUUGACAGGGACUGUGUACUGUUUUAGACCCAAGUACUGUUGUAUCCUGUGUAGUACUAGAGCUGUAGCUCUUGUCUGCGUUCAGCAUCUUUAGUUGCUGUGUAAAUGUUAGGAAGCAAAGUAGUUUUGAAUUUUCUCUUUAAGAGAACAAAAGAUAAAGUAAUGUAUUUUCUUUAUUUCCCAUUUUUUUUGGUGAUAUUUAACUGAACUAGAAAGCCAUAUAACAUAGCUAUAAUUACUACCUGUUUGCUAUUUUUGUUUAAUUUAUUUUGUAGCUUCCUCACCAGUUUGAGUUGCUGAGCAAACGUAUACAAACAGAAAAGAGCUUCCUAAAUUGCACAUUUUUGCACCUCUUGUGCAUUUUGCAAGAAGACAAUGAAUCCAUGUAUUUCUACGUAAUUUCUUCUUCAUUUUUAACCUGUUUUCAUUUGUAAUGAUGCUACAGAAUUUUGUGGCUCCCUGAUGCAAUAAUGUACAGAAGAUAAAAAAAAAAUUUAUAAUUGAAUAAUUUGUCUUUCUGUUCACUGAAUAUGUUGCAGGUCAUGCUCCCAUGCCCCCCUUUCUAAGCUGAUAUCAACAAGACGGGAAUGUUUGUGAUAUCAGGGGCAAGAAGUACCAUAACACAACACAAUAGAGUGAACUCUUUUUGAGCAUCUGUAUCUGCAAUCUAUAAAUGGUAAAAUGUCUGUGUAUUUUUUUAAAUGUACCUUUUCAAUAAAAGCAGAAAAAA